GCGGUUGCGCACUACAAACUCGGAUGCUUAUUGGCUUUUGCGUCUGUCAGACAAUCUUGCACAAGGUUGGUUGUCAUGCAGUAAUUGUUGAUGUCCUAUCAAAAGUCAGCUAUCUGCUGAGUUUGUACAUCAAUAACUGUACGGGAUAAUGAAGUAGCGCAAAGCUCACCAUGCAGUUCCUGGGCCGUAUAUUAGACACGGUGAGCUCCGUGUCAAACCUGUUCUCCAACCCGUACCGUGUGAGGGAUGUGCAGCUGUCGGAAUAUAAUGGGAAAGUACUAUUAAAACAAGAAGGGAGGCUGGUCCUGUACAGGAACCAACAGAGCCAGUCAUGGGAGUGCCUGCUUCUCUGCCCUGAGUCUUCAUCUGUGGCCCUGAGGAUGUUCCAGGUAGCUUCAGAGGCAGAUGCUAUGAAUUGGUUUCCUCAGUAUGCCCUAAAGCUCCGCCCAUUUUAUGAAAUGCUCCGCCCACCGUUGAAACCCGAGAUGCUCCAGCCAAUUGUAGACUGUGUGCGAAAUCACCCCGACUGGAGCUCGGCUCACAUUGCCGUGGAUAUUGGACUGAGAGACUGUCUCAAGCACAAUUACAUUUUGAGCCAGAUGAACGCCCGUGACGCUAAGGGUCAGACGCCGCUGCACCUGGCGUGCGAGAGAGGAGAUGUGGGCUGUGUACGUGAGCUCCUGGAGGAAUGUCAGGCUCGCACGGACAUCAAGGACAAGAAUGGAGAGACGCCCAUGCACUGCGCUGCUAAACAAGACUCCGCCCUUAUUAUAGAGGUUUUAUGUGCGCAGCUGUGUGCGGGUGUGAAUGAGCUGAACGCCUCCGGGGAAACGCCAAUGCACAUUGCAUGCCGUCUCGGGAGGGUCGAGGUGGUCAAGGGCCUGCUUGGGGGUGGAGCCCGCUGUGACAUCAUGGGAAGUAAUGGCUAUCCAAUCCACACUGCCAUGAAGUUUAGUGAGAAGAGUUGUGCUGAAGCAAUUUUAUCCUCUAACCCCAAUCAACUUCUAGCGGAGGAUCCGGUUUAUGGUGGAACGCCUCUUCACUGGGCUAAGACUGCCGAGAUGAGCCAUGUACUGCUUGGCCGAGGAUGUAAUGUCAACUACCUGAGUAAGACAGGAGAGAGUCCGUUACACAUCCUGACCAAGAGGGGUCGCUUUGAGGCCGCAAUGACACUGCUGACACAUGGAGCUGACCCCAACAUUAAGGGCCAGGACGGAAACACAGCACUGCACCUCGCCAUGAAGUUGGACCAUAUGGAACUGAUCAAAGCUCUUAUGGUGUUUGGAGCAGAUGUCGAGGUUCACAAUGACCUGGGAGAGACACCAGGACUCAUCGCAGCCCGUACCAGCAAGGGGCCCAACCGUAAGGUGCUCUUGAACAUGCUGUAUAGUGUAGGGGCCGAGCGGUGUCACGCCCCCUCCCUCGACAGCCCUAUCCCCAGUGUCAACAAAGCUCCGCCUCCUGGUAUAGGGUUUGAAGACAUCAUGUAUGUGGCGGCAUCUGUCACGGCCAUGAGUCGUGGAUUUGCAGAGGUUGAUGGGCUCAAAACAGGAAGCAAGAAAAUGGACCGAUUGUUGUGUCUUGAUGGUGGAGGAAUAAAAGGCCUGGUUCUGAUACAGAUGUUAAUUUCUCUGGAGAAAGAGGCAGGACGGCCCAUCAGGGAACUCUUUGACUGGGUGUCUGGGACUAGCACCGGUGGCAUACUGGCUCUAGCUAUUGUACACGGUAAAUCGAUGGAGUAUCUGCGGUGUCUGUACUUCAGGAUGAAGGAACAGGUGUUUAAAGGUUCUCGACCAUAUGAGUCUGGCCCUCUAGAGGAAUUUCUGAAGAACGAGUUUGGAGAAAAUACCAAGAUGACGGACGUCACACACCCCAGAGUAAUGGUGACUAGCGUUCUUGCAGACAGACACCCUGGAGAACUGCAUCUGUUUCGUAAUUACGACCCACCGGUUCUGCAAAGAGACUCUCCGUACACAGCUACAGCCACAUUUCAACCCCUUACUGUGCCACAGGGGUGGGAGGAUGAAGAUCUUUUGGUAGUAGGAUUUACUCGACCUCCUAGAAAGCGUAGGAAGGUGACAGAUGAAGAGCAAUUAGUUUGGCGUGCCGCCCGCUCCAGUGGAGCAGCUCCCACGUAUUUUCGACCAAUGGGGCGUUUUCUGGAUGGAGGGCUGCUGGCCAAUAACCCAACGCUAGAUGCCAUGACAGAAAUACACCAGUACAACAAAGCUCUGAAAGCACAGGGCCGCGAGGUAGACAUGAGCAGGUUAGGUGUGGUCCUCUCAUUGGGUACUGGUAAACCUCCUCAGGUGGCGGUGAACUCUGUAGACGUUUUUAGGCCUUCAAACCCACUGGAGCUGGCCAAGACCUUUGUUGGCGCCAGAGAACUGGGCAAGAUGCUUGUGGAUUGCUGUACGGACUCAGAUGGUUGUGCAGUGGACCGAGCCCGAGCGUGGUGUGAGAUGGCCGAUAUAAACUAUCACAGGUUGAGUCCUCAGCUGUCUCAGGAGGUGAUGCUGGAUGAGGUCAGUGACGCUGUGCUAGUUGACAUGCUGUGGGAGACUCAGAUGUACCUGUAUGAGCACAGAGAUGUCAUACAAACCCUCUGCCAGCAGCUCACAAACUCAGGCUGAUGAAUGGGGGUUUUAGUAGCUUAAUAUGCAUAAAUGAUUUAUCCUGUACAGAUAAUGAUUCUGUUUACAUUCAUGCGUGUAUGUUGUUGUGACAUGUUAAAUUAACUUAAAAGCAGAAUAUUUAUAAGAAAUAUCAUUAUAACAUAUUUUCCUCAUAUGUUUUGUAUGUGUAAUAAAUACCAAAUUGCACCAAGGUUAAUAUAACAACAUACAUGAAGGAUACCACUUCAAACAAAUAUUUGAACUAUGGAAAUAUUUUUAUAUUGCAAUAUGUUUUAUGUAUGCUAAAUCUAUGUUUGACAUUUGCAUUGAUCAAGGUGACCUAUACAGGAAGUGAGUAGUUGCUUCAUUUGAAGCAAUGAUUUUACUUAUUAUUUAUCGUUCUAUACAUCCUUUUUGUGUGUUUUAUCAUUUGUCAUUUUUAGAGAAACUGAUACUUUUUUUCUCCCUGGAAAUUUGUUGUACUUGCGAUUGUAACGGAAAGUGAAGGGUCAAACUGUUACCAUUUACCAUGCAUUUAUCCAUACAUUAUAACUGAUCUUCAUAGAGUUUCUGUGUGCUUUCUCUCUUGUGUCAUUUGCAAUUUUAAGGAUUUUUUUUUUUUUUUUUUUUUUUUUCUGGCAAUCUUUCAUGUGUAGCCUUGCAUACUUGAACAUUUUAAAGCUGCAACUGGUAAUAUCUAAGUCUAUGAAGUAUAGAAAUUAUGAUCAAAGAUUAUACUGAUGUUUUUAACAACAAAUGUGUAUCAAGUAUAACCUUAAUACCUCCUGCACUACUCAUUAGCCUUGUUGGAUUUUUGUUUGGUUUAUUGAUAACUUGUAUUUUUAAUUCGUUUGUCUACAAAAAUCAUAUCAAAUCUUAUCAUGUGGUCAUAGCUUAUUCUUGACACUGGACCUACAUAUGUGUUGUUCAGAGUCCAAAGUAAGCAAUUAUUCACUUUAUAAAUAUAACCUGCUGUGGCACUGAUUUGAAUCCCUUUACUAAUGUGAUAUGAAUCUUGAAAUAAAACAGCACAGAUAAUUAUUUGAA